AUGUUGAGUACGACUCGUCCCUCUUAUUCAUCAGUAGAAUGGAGGACAUGCACACAAGCAUUCAAAGACUUUGUGUGCCACAACGGACCAACAGCGUUUACAUUUGAAAUGCGACCAUCGCACGCUCCCCAUUUAACUUAUACCGUCGAAGGUAUGUUAACCUUAGAACAUGAUGCACUCAAGAUACGUACAGGGGAGGAUCACUGUUUGGACUGGGAAAAUUUGCGUACCUCCAUAAUUAGGUUUCACAUGCCGCGAAACCAAGAUUUUCUACAGGCCUUUGAAGCAGCACGAGCGCAAUUCAGUGCCGAAUGGGCAUUACUGGAGGAGACAGAGUCAUUAUUAUGCCAGCAGUACGAGGGCAUGCGUGCCCAGUUACAGGACCACACCUUCCGGGUCCAGCAGGAUGCAAACAUGCAAAUCCAGCAAAUGCAACAACAAAUGGCCCAGUUGUAUCAAGAAGCCGCAGCUGGCAAAGCGUACCAGCAAGAGUUGGAGACGCAUAUCAAUCAACUCCGGGCAGAAUUGCAACAGAAAGACGCACAAAUCAUGCAAACUCAGUCGCACCUGGCGUCCGCGAUCGAACAAUCACAACACCAAGGACAACAGAAUGGUUCUGGAGAAAUCCAAAGUCCCGCACCUCAGAUUCCCCGACAACACGACACCACU